GGGCCAUGUCCGCACCGCCCGCCCUGCAGAUCCGGGAGGCCAACGCGCACCUGGCGGCGGUGCACCGCCGCGCUGCGGAGCUGGAGGCUCGGCUGGACGCGGCGGAGCGCACAGUGCGCGCCCAGGCCGAACGUCUGGCCCGCCACGACCAGCAGCUGCGCGCCGCCCUGGACGAGCUGGGCCGCGCCAAGGACCGUGAGAUCUCUGCUCUCCAGGAGCAACUGCUGACAUCUGAGGCUGCUGUCCACAGUCUGCAGGCUGCUGUGCACCAGAGAGAUGAGCUCAUUGGGCAGCUGCAGCCCCGAGCCAAGCUGCUGCAGGACAUUUGUCAGCGGAGGCCACCCUUGGCCGCACUGCUGGCUACCCUGGCUGAGGCUGAGCGUCUAGGGCCCUUGCCGGACAGUGUGCCACGCCAUCUGUCUCCUGGUGGGCCAGGCCCACCCCUCACCAACAGCACCGUGGAGGAUGACGAAGAGGAGGUGGAAGAUCACCUCCAGCCUGCGGUGUUUGGGACCACAGUGUGAGCCCUGGAGCAUGGACUGCAGACCGGAUGCCAAUGGGGCCUUGGUGGCUGCCAUCCACUGGGGCAACCCUGGGCAGAGCCGUGAUCCUGGCCAAGCAGCAGGAGCAAAAGGGCCAACUUUUCAAACAGGCCACAUGCAGAUGUUUGGCUCAGACAGGUGACAAAGAAAACGAAACUUUGAAUCCCUUACCUUUGUUGAAAAGGUGGCAGUACUAAGCCAAAUCUGGAUUCUGGUUUGAGACCUGGCUGGCUUUGCCUGUUCUGAGUCCAGCCUGGGCCCCUUCUUUAGCCAGGCUGUGCAUACCUCACUGCUCCCUGGGCAGGGUUCUGUGCACCAGAUGCAUCUGAUCAGAACUUUAUUUGGUGAGGGCUGAUGGCAUCAAGUUCCACAGGAUUCAAGCUUGUCUCCUGUUUAUCCCUCUUGCUUUGAUUUUUUUUUUUUUUUUUUAAUCUUUAUGAGACAGAGUCUCACUAUGCAGUUUAGGCU